AUGAGGACAGCGUGGUGCGGGUGAGUGUGUUGCAUCCUCUUUGUUCUUUGUUAUCAUUGUCAUCUAUCUGCUUAUUUGCUACAUCUUAUUGUCAUUAUGUUUAAGGAAGAGUCCAAGAGAGCAUGAAGACGUCCAAUUAAGCGAUAUGGUGACGAAAUAUUUAGAGAAAUUGAAGAAACUGUACGGAAAAUACGGUUGUUUGUAAAUGUCUCACAAGCCACUUUACGCAAUUGCUCUGUUGUAUGAGUGGACUACCCGAUUCGGCGACGAACGAACUCAUCAAGGGUACGUUCUCAAUAAUUAUUGAUCACUGCUCUAUCCACAGAGGUCUUAGGGAUUUGGAAUGACGACGGUAAAGCCGCCCUUGCCGAUCUGGAGUUGUCCAUUAAAAAGCGGCUUAAACGGUCACUGGAAACUGUCAAAAAAGGCAAAGGAUUAGUAGCAACACCCAAGCCGACGGUAAGUGUUCUUCCAUUACCAAUUAAACACGACUCUUUAAUGUAGAUCCAACACCGGGAUCUUCAACAGGGAGCUCGACCAAUUCAACAAUGA